CCCUCCGUUUCUUUCCCCGCCUCCUCCGCGGAAACCGAGCGCGAAACUUAAACUUUAGCAAAGACCCGGACGCCUUUCACCCGUGUACCGUGGGCCAGGCUUGCUGGACUGUUCGGCACGCUAGCCGGGGCAGCCUUCCAACAUGAGCCAGGUUCUGUUUCAACAGAUAGUCCCGUUGCAGGUGAAAUGCAAAGACUGCGAGGAGAGGAGAGUAAGUGUUAGAGUGAGCAUUGAACUACAAUCAGUUUCAAGUCCAGUUCACAGAAAGGAUCUAACUAUUCGUCUGACUGAUGAUACUGACCCAUUUUUUCUGUAUAACCUUGUUAUAUCUGAGGAAGACUUUCAGAGUUUGAAAUUCCAGCAAGGUCUUCUUGUAGACUUCUUAGCUUUCCCACAAAAAUUUAUAGAUCUCCUUCAGCAGUGUACUCAAGAACAAGCCAAAGAAAUUCCAAGAUUUUUGCUACAGUUAGUCUCUCCAGCAGCGAUUUUGGAUAACUCACCGGCUUUUUUAAAUGUGGUAGAGACAAAUCCUUUUAAGCAUCUUACACACCUCUCACUAAAACUUUUACCUGGAAAUGAUGUGGAAAUAAAGAAAUUUCUAGCAGGUUGUUUAAAAUGUAGCAAGGAAGAAAAAUUAUCAUUGACGCAAUCUCUAGACGAUGUUACUAGGCAACUGAAUUUCACACAAAAGACGUUAUCAGAAAAAAUCCAAGAAUUAGAUAAGUUACGAAAUGAAUGGGCAUCACACACAGCAGCAUUGUCAAAUAAGCAUUCUCAGGAACUGACAAAUGAGAAGGAAAAAGCUUUGCAGGCACAGGUUCAGUACCAACAACAGCAUGAACAACAGAAAAAAGAUUUAGAAACACUCCAUCAACGAAAUAUCCAGCAGCUACAAAACAGAUUGUCUGAGUUAGAAACUGCCAAUAAAGACCUAACCGAAAGGAAAUACAAAGGAGACUCCACCGUCAGAGAACUGAAAGCAAAACUGACUGGAAUUGAAGAGGAGCUCCAGCGAACUAAGCAAGAAGUCCUCUCUUUGCGGAGAGAGAAUUCCACCCUAGAUGCUGAAUGCCAUGAAAAAGAAAAGCAUAUUAAUCAGCUACAAACAAAAGUGGCUGUUUUAGAACAGGAAAUCAAGGAUAAGGACCAGCUUGUUUUAAGAACAAAAGAAGCAUUUGAUACAAUUCAGGAACAAAAGGUGGCUUUAGAAGAAAAUGGUGAGAAAAAUCAGGUACAACUGGGAAAACUUGAAGCCACAAUAAAAUCAUUAUCCACAGAACUUCUUAAGGCAAAUGAAAUUAUCAAAAAGUUACAAGGGGAUCUGAAAACUUUAAUGGGUAAAUUGAAAUUGAAGAAUACCGUUACCAUUCAACAAGAAAAACUGUUGGCUGAGAAAGAAGAAAAAUUACAAAAGGAACAAAAAGAAUUACAAGAUGUUGGACAGUCACUCCGAGUUAAAGAGCAGGAGGUAUGCAAAUUACAAGAACAGUUAGAAGCUACAGUUCAAAAACUUGAAGAAAGCAAACAGCUUUUAAAAAAUAAUGAAAAGUUAAUCACAUGGUUAAAUAAAGAGCUAAAUGAAAAUCAGCUAGUGAGAAAGCAAGAUGUGUUGGGAUCCUCUGCCACUCCACCUGUACAUCCUGGUAGCAACACAAUCAGAAGUGGAAUUUCUCCUAACACUAAUGUGGUUGAUGGUAGAUUGACUUACCCUGCUUGUGGGGUUGGUUAUCCUGUCUCGUCAGCAUUUGCAUUCCAGAAUUCCUUUCCUCAUCCUCUAGCUGCCAAAAACACCAUCCAUCCAAUUUCAGGACCAAAGGUUCAGUUUAACUUGCAGUUUACCAAGCCAAAUACAUCAGUAGGCGAUAUUCAAUCAGGAACAACUAUUAGCAUGCCAUGUUCCACUGAUAAAGAAAACAGUGAAAAUUUGGGGCUGGAAUCCAAAUACUUGAAGAAAAGGGAAGAUAGCAUUCCUUUACGUGGGCUCAGCCAAAAUCUAUUUAAUAAUCCAGAUCAUCAGAAAGAGAGCACGUUAGGAGCACUGCAGACAUCUUCAAAACCAGCAGGCCUCCCUUCUGCACCUUCAGCCUACUUCCCAGGGCAGUUACCCAGCAGUUAACCAGCAGUUACCCAGCAGUUAACCCAGCAUCAUACUUUACUGCUUAAAGUUUAUAAAUUUGGGUGAUUUAAAUGUUUAAUAUAUCAAAUGUUAAGAAGCAAGUUUCAGAGUUUACUUGAGCUCCUCCUCUGUUAGAUUAUUUGACCCUGUAAGUACACUGCUGUUUAUAGCACAGUUCAGAGGAGCAAAUUUGGCACUAGUUAUUGAGUAAAUGAUACCAUUUAGUUUGUGAAUCUGGUGUUUUGUAAAAUAAGGGUAUGAAUGUUGUUAACUUAAUCCUUACGAAUUUAAAAUUUUAAGAAGAGAUGAUCUUUCUAACGUACAUUAUGAUCAUAAUGAAUAUCUGGGUAAACUGUAACCUUCUCAGAUGUAAUAUAGGACACCAAAGAAUGGUAAUUAAUUUUAUAUUUUCAUUGGCUAAAUGUUUUAAAUUUACCACCUGAGAAUUAUGAGGGAAAGUGAUUAUCUUGGAUGUUUAUAUUAUUACUUACUAUGUAAAGGGAAAAGUCCUAAAAUUACCUUAAAUGAAUGAAAUUAAUCCUUAAUAGCGAAGUGUAUUUAUAUCAUUAGAUGUAGUAUAAAAUGCUUUAGUCAUUUCACCACAAAGUUAAGGAUUUUAACGAGUGCUAGAACUCAGUCUAUACUCAUUCCAUUUUUCUUUCAUUUGGAGUUUUACUGUUUUAUGCAGCUAGGUCUAUUAUUAGUGAAAUAUUAUUUGAAAAUUGAUUACUACAUAAAUUUCUGUAAAAGCAUCAUGCAUAUUCAUUGUAGUUUUUUAAAUCAGUUCAUUGUUUGCAUAUUAAUAAAGUAUGCAAAAGGAAUAACUUAGAAAUGACCACCUUUACUUAUCACUAAAUAUUUCAAUUAAGCAUUGUUACUUGGAAAACAUUAGGUGACUGAAAAUUCACUAAAUCAUAGGCCCCAUUUUUCUUGACAAACAUCCCAGAAAGCUUUUGCUUAAAUUUCUGAAUCAGUUUUUUGUUUGCAAAGAUUGCUAAUGCUUGUAAUUUUUAAAAAAUUAUUUCCAAGAAAAGACAGUACAAGAUAGAGCUAGUGACAUACCAAACUGCUGAACUUUUCAUGAAGCUUGGAGUCUUAACGAAACUUGGAGUUGCAAGCUGUCUGAAACUAGGGAUGUAGUCUAAAAGGUCCAGUAACUGUAAUUAGCACUGUUAACAUAUAGUUCUGUGCUCAGACAAGCUAUAUUAGUAAAGAUAUUCAGUUAUAAUAACUUGAAAGCACUGAAUUAUAACCUGGAAAGAAACUUUUUGAUAAAAUUAAAAUCUGCUUUCUUGUAAAUACUUGUAAUGUGUAUAAAACAUUGUGUGGAUGUUUGGAUUUUUUACAUAGAUAGCUUUUUUUAAAAUAUAGAUACCCUUUUCCAUGCAAAGUUGGUAUUUUUAUAUCAUAUUGGCUUUUUUGUAUUAAAUGUAUAUAGACUAGAGUGUGAAGUCUUUGCUCUACCUCUUACACUUAUUUGAAAUUGUUUUGCAGUGUAAAAUUGUACAUGUGUCAAUAAUCAAAAUGUUGCACUUAAUAUAUCUGUAAACUGUGAGCUUUGUUAAUAAAGUAUUAAUAUUUGGGGAGUAUGACAUGAAAAAUACAUAAAAAACAGAGUAGUCCUGAUAGAUGUUUAUGCUUAAAUUCAUUUCUAGUUAACUUCCAGGUAAGUGUAGUUUAUAGCGAGGGAAAAGAAAUGGAUUCAGAUUGAAGAAGGUGUUAAGAAUUUGUUACUACAAAAGUGGUUAUGGUAACACAAGUAAAGCCAAAUAGGCCCGAUAGGGAGUCACAGAUCAAGACUUUCUUUAAAAAAAAUCAUUAAAAUAUUUAAUUUUAUUAACAGAAUAUUUACAUUUCUUUUAAGACCUUAUUUAACCAUAGUGAGUGUUCCAAGUUUAAAAAGCAUUAAGCAAUAACCACACACAAGAUGAAAACAGUGUAAACUAUACAAUACUUUAUGUACAAUUUUUACAAAGUAACACUUUUUAAAUAAUAUAACUGGACACAAAAAUAUACACUUUAGAGAAAUUCACAUCAGUAAUUGUAUAAAGCUCUCUUCUAGGGUCCUGAAAAUUUAGGACAAACAUUAGCUUUGUAAAUAAAGUGUUACUGUGACAGUCCUGAAAGGCCACUAUAUAUAUUUAUCUACAUAUAGAUAUCACAUUGACAUUUUCAAGGCUACCAGCUUUACUAUAUAAUUUUUAGAUUAUGUAUUCAAGUGUUGAGGUUCUAAUGAUUAUGCAAACAUUAAAAGAAUAGUGGUAUAAGUAGCUGGGGAACAAAUUUGAGCCAGCAUUUACAUUUACAGGCUCCACAGACCCCAAGUUGAAUGCUAAAUGGCUGAUAUUUCUCAUUUCAAAAACAGUAGUGAAUAAUGUUUAAAAUAAAAUAACUACAAAUAAGCUUGAAACAUGA